AUGCUGAAAUGUGACAAAAACAGAGUAUUGCGUAUUCGGAUAAGACGACAAUCGAUGGACGUGAAACGAUCGAUAGCUGAACAAUCGCGGCUGUCAUCAUUAUCCGCUGGAAGUAAUGAUCAAUGGACUAAAAUGAUUUUCGAAAGAUUUUGUAAGCAUAUUCAUCGCCACUGUGCCGCAACUGGCCAGAAAUUAAUGGGCUUCCAAGGAGUACAGGGUCCACCAGGAUCACAAGGCGUUACUGGACUUCCCGGAGAAAGAGGUCAGCCAGGUAAAAUUGGUCGGAUUGGAUUGAUCGGUAAUAUCGGUGAGAAAGGAGAGCCAGGCAUUAAUGGCCGAUGUAACUGCUUAUUUCCGGAUCUAUAUCAGGUUGAAGAAAAAACUGUACCGGUACCUGUGUUUAUCAUUAAAAAAAUAGAGAUAUAUAGAUCUUGA